AUGGAGUUUAAGGCUGAAACUGAGGCGAUUCUUAGCAAGUUGACGCUGGAAGAAAAGAUAUCUCUUCUUGUUGGCAAGAACUUCUCAGAGACUCUCGGCAUAAGUGAAAAGGGUAUUCCCUCUAUCAAGACUGCAGACGGACCGAAUGGAGUGCGUUCAGCAGCCACAGAUGUCAGCAUCAAAUCCGCGUGUUUUCCCGCUGCAUGCAACCUCGCAGCGAGCUUCGACGUCGAGCUUGCAAACCGCUUCGGCCGCGCUCUCGCCAAAGAGGCUCGCGGCAAGAAUGUCCACUGCAUGCUAGGCCCGACGGUGUGCAUCCAUCGCCACCCGCUGGGAGGCCGCAACUUCGAGAGCUUCAGCGAGGACCCGUUCCUCGCGGGGAAGCUCUGCUCGCAGGUCAUCCAGGGGCUUCAGAGCUCCGGAGUGUCGGCCACCAUCAAGCACUUUGUCGCCAACGAGCAGGAGACGGCGCGGACGACGGUUGAUGAGACCGUUAGUGAGCGGGCGCUGCGCGAAAUCUACCUGCGUCCGUUUGAGAUUGCUAUUAAAGAGGCCAAGCCUUGGGCGCUUAUGACUGCCUACAACCACCUCAACGGCGUGCACUGCGACCAGCACAACUGGCUGCUCCAGGAUGUUCUGCGCGGUGACUGGGGCUGGGAGGGCUUGGUGAUGAGUGAUUGGGGUGGCACCAACUCUGUGGCCGAGGCGCUCAACGCUGGCCUGGACUUGGAGAUGCCUGGGCCGCCACGAAUCCGCAAGACGGAUGAAGUCGUCGAAGCCGUUCAGCGCGGUGAGGUCUCGGAAAGUACCAUCGACGACCGUGCUCGCGCCGUUAUUCGGUUUGCCCUCAAGUUGAAGACACUGGAAGACCCUGCCGCAACUAGCCAGACAACCGACAGCCCUGAGCUACGAAGCAUGAUCCGAGAUGCCGGUGCGCGAGGAAUGGUGCUGUUGAAAAACCAGGACAACGUCUUGCCGUUGGUGAAGGACAACCUCAAGGGGAAGAAAAUUGCCCUGAUCGGAUUCUCUAAAGAUGCCAUGGCGCACGGUGGCGGCAGCGCAUCCGUCAAUGCCUAUCGCAAAGUCACACCUUGGGAUGGCCUGCACGAAGCCCUUGGAGAUGUAGUUGAAUUCACAUACGCCAAGGGCGCCCAUAAAGAGCGUCUUCUCCCUGCAAUCUACCGCGACGGCACCUGUGCCAAGGUUGUUGCGCUCGAUGGACAGCCAGGUUUCACUCGCCUGUUGUUCGAGGGCGAAAAGACUGAGCCAGUUUCAAUUCUCCAUGGGCAACUCACCUCGGCAUAUUCGCCACUGGGCUCGCAAGAGUCACUGUGGAGGAGGCUGGAGAUUGUCGGAGACUUCACGCCGGCCGAGUCGGGAAGCCACUACAUCGCGUGCUCUGGACUUGGGCCAACGCGAGUAUUCGUCGAUGACGAGCUCGUCUUUGAGCAAACCAGCAACUGCACCGAUCCCAUGGGUUCUCUGUUCCUUGCCGCCCCCGAAGAAGAGUUCCGCCACAAGUUCGCCGCCGACAAGACCUACCGAUUGCGCAUCUGCAGCGAUCCCCCGACCAAGAUUGGUCUGAAGAUCCUCGAGGGCCGCAGUGGCGUGCGUGUGGGCUUCUCGCUCGAAUCAGACCACGACGCCGAUCUCGAGGGCGAGGCGGUGCGAGUCGCGCAAGACGCAGAUCUCGCCAUCGUCUUUACCGGCCAUGACCCUCAGUGGGAAACCGAGGGCCGGGAUCAAGAUUCGUUCCAUCUGCCGCGAAAGGGCACCCAGGAUUCCCUCGUCUCGGCCGUUGCAGCAGCCAACUCCAAGACUGUCGUCGUAAACUCCACUGGUGUUGCGAUAGCCAUGCCCUGGCUGGACCAGGUAGCGGCUGUGGUUCAGGCUUGGUUCCCCGGCCAGGAGUGCGGCCAUUCGAUCGCAGAUGUGCUCACUGGCGCUGUGAACCCCGAGGGUCGACUGCCAGUUAGCUUCCCCAAGAAUAUCGAGGACGCGCCGGCGUAUGGAAACUUCCCUGGCGAGUAUGUUAAUGGUCAGCUGAAGGUCACCUAUGCCGAAGGCGUAUUUGUCGGAUAUCGACACUAUGAUCGCCUUGACCGAGCCAAGGUCAACUUCCCAUUCGGCCACGGUCUGUCUUAUACGUCAUUUGAGUAUGGCGUUAUGAGCGUGACCAAGCAGCAAGCGGAUAAUGCCUUGUCCGUCACCGUCGAUGUGACCAAUACGGGUCGCGUAGCAGGUGGCACUCUGGUGCAAAUUUAUGCCGGCAGGUCUACGCCAUCUGCUGACCACCCGGUUAAGGCCCUCGUCGCCUUCCAGAAGGUUCAGCUCCAGCCAGGAGAAAAGAAGACUGUACAAUUGUCUGUUCAAGUCAGAGAUGUGGCAUAUUACGACGAGGAGCUGAAGCAGUGGGUGGUUGAUGCAGGAGAGUACCUGUUUUCACAUGGAUUAUCAGCCGCUGAGAUCCUCCAGUCUGUUGGCAAAGUGACCGAAAUCUGCACCAGAAUGUCAGCUCCAUACACCGGAAAGUGCCUCUGUGGCGCUGUGAAGUUUAGCAUUGCAUCGGAACCGGUGGCGGUGUUUUCGUGCUUCUGCGAGCACUGCAGCAAAGGAGCCGGAGGAACACACCAGAUAAUUGCCAAGUUUGCGACCAAAGACAUGGAAAUCUCAGCCGAGGGGGAGGCGAUUGGCGAAUUCGGCUUCACCGAUACAUCAAGCGGCAACCGCAAGGGCAAGUCAUUCUGCAGAACCUGCGGAUGUACUCUCUGGACAAUUCCCGGCGCAGCCAAAGGAGUGUACCAUCUCGUUCGAACAUCAAUCCUGGAUGAAGGGAAACUCAGCUUGCGGGACAACUGCAAAUACAGCGGCAAUAGUGUUGUACGCAGUCAGACUAUGGAGGACCAAACCAAUCACAGCAUUUGCGAUGACAACUAUUCCUCUCCCCCAGUUCCCAAUACCCAAUACCGGUCAUUGAUGGCGGAUAUGGGCCCCAGACCAACCAUCAGCUACGCCAUCCCGGCAUCACAGUCACCGUUGGAGGCAAGACCUAGACCACAUGUCGUGUCGAACCAAUCUCCAGCGGGAACUACUCCUGGGAGCAGGCAUACGGAUGAGAAUCUGAGCCAACACCAAGUUGGAGCCUCUGUACGCUCGGUUACCCCGUCGGCGAUCGACUCCAUGACGGCUGUGGUUGAUGAAGAAGCAGGUACUAGAGAAUUCUUUGGUAUCAGCAGCGCUGGAUCCUUUACUUCACAGAUUAAAAAGGCCAUAGAUGUUCGACUUGGAAAGUCGACCCACGGCACUCGGCAUGUAGUCGCUUCUUCUCAUUCCGUCAUGGGUGCUCCAAGGACCGGCGACAUGAUGGCUUCAGAUGUUUCCUACGUCCUUCCCCCGCGGAGGCAAGCAGACCACCUGAUGGAGUUGUAUUGGUACUAUGUAGACCCUCUUUACCCCUUCUUGGAUAAGCAGCGGUGGACGGGUGCGUACAACGCCAUAUUCGCUGGUACGGCCAUUGACUUUGAUGAGCGCACCUUUGUCGCCACUCUCAAUAUCGUCCUGGCUCUUUCCACGCAGCUCCAUGAGUCUCAGUCUCUAGAGCAGAGGGAACAAUCAAGUAACGACUACUUCCGACGGGCGCAGGAUUUACUACCUAUGAGUCCUUGGGAUUCUGGAUCUCUUGAGUUGGUGCAAUGCCUGUUGGUUACGACCCAGUACCUGCAAAGCACAUAUCACCCGCACCAGACUUGGAUGCUUGUCGGCUCGGCGAUUAGGACGGCACAAAGCUUGGGACUUCACUUGCCAGAAACUUCAGCAGAGCGACCAGAUAUCGGCGAGCGAGAACUACUUCGGAGGGUCUGGUACGGAUGUGUCCUGAUGGAUCGGAUGGUAUCUGUUACCCAUGGACGCCCUGCGAUGAUUUCUGGAUGCCUUGCAACUGCGGUGCCGCUGCCUCUUUCAUCGCCUCCUGGUAUGAACGUUGUGGGAGUCGAAACGAGGAAGGACACAGGCUAUAUGUCAUUUUUCGUCGAGUCCGUUCGACUAUAUGAGAUCAUCCAUCAAACGAUGAUAGCUUUUUACGGAGGCUCUGGUGCUCGACCAAAGGUAAAAGAAUCUCAUUCUACAGAGCAUGAGAAUUUAGAUGGCGAGGACGAAGACUUGGACAAGGUGGUUCGAUUAGACAGGUCUCUCAGCAGAUGGGAGAACCGUCUACCGAACCAUCUCAGGUGGAAUAUGUUGGAAACCACGCAAGAUGAAAUCUCUCAGCGCCAGGCUGUCAUUCUUCGUAUGCGGUUUCUUCACGCCCGAAUUUUGUUACUAAGACCUCUUCUCUGUCGGUUUUGUCUCGCACAGUCGCCCGCAGAAAACGCCAAGAUUGACGAUACCCUACAAGCCCGCUUCGUUGAGCAAGGCGCGCUCUUCUGCGUUUCGACAGCGCAGAGCAUAAUCACGGCUCUCCUCAAACACCAAACCCUCAACAGCACCGUCGGCCUUCUUCCUGCGUGGUGGUACCGGGUGUACUACGUCUACUCCGCCGCCACCGUUCUCAUAGCGGCCACGCUGCGGCCUGAAGUGUUCCUCGCUGCGGAUAUUGGGCGCUCUUGGGGCCAGGCAAUCUCGGUGCUCAAGGCUCACGAGAAGUUUGGCCAAUCGGCCCGCAGAUGUGUCGCAGCUUUGCAUAUCCUUUCGUCCAAGAUCCUCCAGGCUGUCCCCAGCGGUGCCAUCACAUCGGCAAUGGCUAACCGGAAGGGGCCGCCGGGAGUGAAUGAGGAGGUUCAACCAGAUGGGAUGUACGAUGCCUCAGCUGAUCCGGAGCUACCUGACCUGCUGCAACGGCUGGCAGAUGAAUUUGCGCCUCCAAUUGCCGAUCUGAACCAACAUGAUCUGGCCGAGUUCAACUUUGAUGUUAAUGACUUGUCGUGGUUAACUGACAUGCAGGUAGCUUGGGAAUUGUUGAAUGAGUAA